GGGCACGUUCGAUAGUGAUCCGGUAGAAGACACAUUCGCUCACAUUGUGCUUUAGUUAAUCUAUUUUCUCACUGGUUACUUCCUUCAAAAGCUUCAAUUUCGUUCAAUUUGCCUUUAGUCCAGAUCAGGCACGCAACCAUCCCAAGCUAGGGCUCGCUGAUCGGCAGCGAACAUGUUCGGUAACAAGCCGUUUGGUGACCGAACCGUUCGGUCACCGAACUAUCGGUUUGGUGCAUGCCUAAUAUUGGCUAUAUCACUAUACUAGAAAUUGAGUAGAGAGUAGAGAAAAUUGAGUCUAAGGGCUUGAUUAUUUUCACAGGCAUGAAAAUUUCUUAGACGACUACUUAAUUUUUUCCGAACAAAUGAGUUGGUCGUAACCACCACUCAAUUAUUCUAUCGUAAUAUUACUACAACCUUGAAAUAUAUCUCUUUUAGUAUAAUACAUGAGGCCUUCGAAAUCUCUCAAGAAAACAGUGAAAUUUAAAAAGUUUAAUUAUUACGGUCUUAGUUUGGAUUAGAAAGAGGUACGAUAGAAGAUACUACUAACAUUAUAUCUAUUUUGUUGCUUUUGUCAGUAUUGUUAUGGAAGGAUUUAACAACUGUAAAAUUUUGAUAUUAACAUUAACGAAUCAUUCCAAGAGAAGUAUAUCACGGGCACGCACGCAACCAGUGUCAAAUAUGGAUAUUUCAUUAGUACAGUUACUGACUUUAACGUGGUUCUUGGUUGUUGGAUUCGUCUCAUCAUCACCAGCCAUAGGUCAAACACGAAAUCUUAUUCAAUUCAAAAACAUGAUUCAGUAUAAAGGUUAUGCUUACCAAGAAUAUUGGGGAUAUGGUUGCUGGUGCGGCAAAGGAACGUACGGAUCAAAUUAUUUUGAUGCUACUGAUUAUUGUUGCAAAAUCCAUGAUGAGUGCUAUGAUAAACAUGCGGGAGGAUUGUUUGGAUGUUCACCCACAAUUGUUACAUAUGAUUGGACUAAACUGUCUGAUCGUAGAAUACAGUGUACGGAUUCUCCAGGGACAUGUGACUAUAACAUCUGUAUGUGCGACAAAGCUGCUGUGGAUUGUUAUGAACGCCAUCAUAAUCGUGAAUGUGAUGUACAUAAUGAUUUCACCUUGCCUGUUGGUAUUCGUGCUGAAAAUCUAAUUGAUGAUAGUGAUGAUGUUGCUUUUAAUCGACCUUAUGAUUCAUCUUUAUCAUGGAGAGAUUUGGAAUGGAUUCGAUCGAUUACACGUCUUCCAUUGAUUGUUAAAGGAAUUCUGCAUCGUGGUGAUGCACGUGAAGCUGUACGAUAUGGAGUUCAAGGUAUCGUCGUAUCAAAUCAUGGUGAACGGCGAUUGGAUACGAGUCAGUCGACAAUUGAAGCUCUGCCAGAUAUCAUAGGAGUUGUAAGAAAUGAAGAAAAAAAUUAUGAAAUGGAUGUUUAUGUUGAUGGUGGUGUUCGACGAGGAACAGAUAUUUUACAAGCCUUGACUGUAACAUAUAUUCUGUGA